AGGUGAAGGUGGUGGGGCUGGGGGACUCCGUCAAGCUCAGCAUCCUCCGAGGCUGUCCGGGGCUGCCCGGGGCCGCGGGGCCCAAGGGAGACGCAGGGGUCAACGGAGAGAGAGGAGCACCUGGUUCCCCUGGAGUCCCUGGGAAGGCAGUACCGACGCGACCCAAAGGAGACCGCGGGGAGAAAGGUGAGCCCGGCUCGCGGUCCGGGGGGCGCCUCGGCAGGCUCUGUCCACCACCUCGGACCUGUAAGGAGCUGCUCACGAGGGGGCACUUUCUGAGCGGCGGGUACACCGUCUACCUGCCCGACUGCAGGCCCCUGAGUGUGCUGUGUGACAUGGACACGGACGGCGGCGGCUGGACCGUUUUCCAGCGAAGGAGCGACAGCUCCGUGGAUUUCUUUCGAGACUGGGCCGUGUACAAGAAGGGCUUCGGCAGUCAGCUGCGGGAGUUCUAGCUGGGGAAUGACAACAUCCAUGCCCUCACCGCCCAGGGAACCAACGAGCUCCGUGUAGACCUUGUGGACUUUGAGGGUAACCGCCAAUUUGCCAAGUACAGCUCAUUCCAGAUGGCGGGCAAGGCCGAGAAGUACAGGCUGGUCCUGGGAGCCUUCGCUGGGGGCAGCGCGGGAGCCCCGAGCUCCGUGUCGACCCUGUGGACUUUGAAAACAACCUCCAAGUACAAGUCAUUUGCCAAGUACAAGUCAUUCAAGAUGGCGGGCAAGGCCGAGAAGUGUAAGUUCGUCCUGGGGGCCUUCGCUGGGGGCAGUGCGGAUCUGAUGGUUUACCGCUCAACCCUGGUUAACAUUGAGAACGCCCCUCUCGUGAUGGAAGGACUAGAGCGCCCAUAUGGGGCUCUUGUCUCCCCUUCCACGUCCACCGUCCAUCUGUACCUGGCCACCUCUGCAUCAAGAGCACCCCUGGGCAAGUGUGGGCAGCCGGAGAUGCAGACUGAAGUGGCACCAACCUCCAAUCCCGGGGCGCCUGCAGCAGAGCCCCCGACACCCCCAGCAGAACAGCCAUGA